CAGGCCCCAGGGACCAGCGCCUCAGGUGCCUUUGUCUGAGUACCCAGGAGUCCACGAGGAGGGUCCCGGGCAGCAGCUGGUCUCCUGAUGGGCCCUGUGGGGUAGUCCCCGGGCCUGCCUCACUCUGGUCCUGCCUUGUGGCCUCCUUGGUAGGAGUCACAGCCUUCCCUCUGCCCCCAGAGCGGCUGCGCCUGGCUGACGGUCCCCACGGCUGUGCCGGCCGCCUGGAGGUCUGGCAUGGCGGGCGCUGGGGCACCGUGUGUGACGAUGGAUGGGACCUUCGGGAUGCUGCUGUGGCCUGCCGGGAGCUGGGCUGCGGGGGGUCGCUGGCCGCCCCCGGGGGCGCCUUCUUCGGGGAGGGCGCAGGGCCUGUGUGGCUCAGCGAGCUGGCCUGCCGGGGCAGCGAGGGGCAGCUGGGCCUCUGUCCCCACCGGGGCUGGAAGGUCCACAUCUGUUCUCACGAGGAGGACGCCGGCGUCGUCUGUGCAGGCCAGCGAGUGGCGACCUCCAGGGACGACUCCGCUUCCCCCCCAGAUGGAGGUCUGUGGCCAGAGCUGUCUGGGGGGCUGCGCCCCGGCUCUGAGGAGCCCCCCGUGACCCAGGUCCCUCGCCCAGCUGGGAUCCCCCAGAAUGGCCCCCGGAAGAAGAGCCUCCGGCCACCCAAGCCAGCCAAGUCCACCCGGGCGCCUUUGCUGACUGGAGCCCCACGCCAAGAGCGGCUGCGCCUGGUUUCAGGCCCCCACGGCUGUGCCGGCCGCCUGGAGGUCUGGCAUGGCGGGCGCUGGGGCACCGUGUGUGACGAUGGAUGGGACCUUCGGGAUGCUGCUGUGGCCUGCCGGGAGCUGGGCUGCGGGGGGGCGCUGGCCGCCCCCGGGGGCUCCAGAUUUGGGCCUGGUGCGGGGCCCGUGUGGAUGGACGAUGUGGGGUGUGGAGGAGGAGAGCGGGCCCUCCGGGACUGUCCCCGAAGCCCCUGGGGCCGGAGCAACUGUGACCACAGUGAGGAUGCUGGUCUGGUCUGCACUGGACCCGCCCCCCGGCUGCGCCUGGCCGAUGGCCCCCACGGCUGUGCUGGCCGCCUGGAGGUCUGGCAUGGUGGGCGCUGGGGGUCAGUGUGUGAUGACGCCUGGGACCUUCGGGAUGCUGCCGUGGCCUGCAGGGAGCUGGGCUGUGGGGGGGCACUGGCCGCCCCCGGGGGUGCCUUUUUUGGAGAGGGGACUGGCCCCAUCACCCUGGAUGACCUGCGCUGUCGGGGAAAUGAGACAGCCUUGAGGUUCUGCCCAGCCAGGCCCUGGGGCCAGCAUGACUGUCACCACCGGGAGGACGCUGGGGCCGUGUGUGAUGGCAUGCCCCUUGGCCUCGGCUCCCCCACGGCCCCUGCCGUGGACAGCAACAGUUCAGCACCCAGGGAGGUGGCAACCAGGCCACUUUCCACCACGGUGGGCCAGACCCUAGGGACAGCCGGCGGUUCACCUCCUCCAGCCUCUCCUACUGCCCCCUGGGAGCCUGGGCCAGAAGCUGGGACCCCUGGCCUGGACACCAUCUCAGAUCCUUUCAGUUGGAGCUGGCUCCCUGGGCUGGGGAGAGAUCAGGAUGCCUGGCUCCCAGGAGAGCUUGUCACCAAGCCCUCUGCAAGUCUGACCUCCAGUGUGCUGGAGAAAACCACUAAGGCCCCAGGGAAAAUGCCCAAGAGUACUAAGAAGUGGGUGACCAAAAUUCCAAAGAGACCAACCACUCAACCUCCUGGGAUGCCAACCACUAAACCCUCUAGGGGUCUGAGCACCCCAACCCCCAGAGAACUAACCGCCCAGACCACAGUCCUGACCACUGAAGCCUCCCCCAGACGAACUUCUGAGCCAAAAAGGCCGAUCUCUGAGGAUCCCCACAGACUGACUUCACAUACCACUGGAGUGCUGACUCCUCAGGUGCCCAGGGAAAGGACCUCAAAGACUGUGGCAAUGCUGUCCACACAAAGCCCUCGAGACACUACCUCUGAGGCCACUGCCGGGCAAAUCCCCCAGGCCUCCCCAGAGACAUCUGCUGAGAUCCCAGAAGGAUCUCCAGAGCCAUCCAAGAACUCAGUCCCCUCCCCCACUGCUAGCACCCUCGGGGAACCAGGCCCCUUCCGGGUUCGUCUGGCUGAUGGACCCAACAGGUGUGCUGGCCGGCUAGAAGUAUGGCAUGCUGGACGCUGGGGGACAGUCUGUGAUGACAACUGGGACCUGAGGGAUGGCACUGUGGCCUGCUGGGAACUGGGUUGUGGAAAGGUCCGGCCCCGAGUGGGCAAAACUCACUAUGGCCCUGGGACUGGGCCCAUCUGGUUGGAUGACAUGGGCUGUAAAGGGACUGAGACUUCGCUAAGUGACUGCCCCUCGGGGCUGUGGGGGAAGCACAACUGUGACCAUGAAGAAGACGUGGGGCUCACCUGCACUGGCUACACAGACGAUGACGACUAUCCUCCCUGGACCUGGGACCCCACUUCGGGAGAGGACCUGGCCACAGAGACCACUACAGCAGUGGGGUCUGAACGCACGCGUCCCUGGGGCCCCUCUCCAGCCACCCAGCGACUUCCAGACCCAGGUGACCAGGAUGGUGACAAGUCUUCCUGGACAUGGGACACACCUUCCAGAAGGGACCUGGUCAAGGGGACUCCCACUGCAGCCACAGCUGGACCCACUCUAACCACUGGCACCACCAAGAGCCCAGGCCAGCCCUCUCCAGCUCCAAGGGCCCCUGGGGACAGAGGUUCCCCGAGGAAGCCGGGGUCGGGGCGCCGACUGUCGCAGCCCAGCGCAGCCCGCACAGCGGCCCCCACCCCAUCCCACGCGCCCUCCCCCUCGCCAGGGCCCUCGGAUCCGCUCGUCCUGGACUGGGCUGCACCACGGGAAGUGACCUCGGACCCUGCUGACACUCCUCCACCCACCCCAGCCCUGCCCUCCUUGACAACAGCUGACCUUGCUCCGUCCACCGCUGACUCCAGUGUGGUUCCGGCUGUGACCCGGGCGCUCUCCUCCAUGCCAUCGUCCACCUCGCCCCGAGAGCCGACCUCUGGCCCCUCCACGCCAUCAGGGCUGACCCCAGAAUCUGUCACUACCCCAAACAUGGAGACAGCUUCUUACCCCAAGACAGCCCCAGAACCUUCUGGAUCCUCAGACCCCUCCACAAGCCCUGGCCCCACUGUGACCACACACCCCACCACGACCCCUCGCGCCACCACCCACCCCACUACCUCCCUUCACCCCACCACAGUGCCUCCUCCUCCUAUGACCCUUGACCUCACCAUGACCCCUCACCCCACCACGGCCUCUCCACCUACCGUGACAGCUGAGCCUGCUGCCACCAUUCACCCUAGUAGGACUGCUGACCCCGUCUCUACUCCAGCCCUCUCCACCAAGUCCCUUCCAGCCUCCCUGGGGACAGAACUCCCUUCUCCCACUCUGGCACCAAAGGACAAGCCCAGCUUGCACCCCCAGCUGACUGCAGUGGGGACCCCUCACACGCCCACACUCCAGGUACUAAGCCUGGACCCCUCCCCAGCCUCCGGGUCCAGCCGCUCUAGGGCCUCUCCGGCGCCCAGCGUGGACCCACUAUCCACGGAGGGCUUCAAGCCACCCAGAAGCCAGACCCCCAGGUCAACCCCUCCACCUGCCCACACCCCACACUCAGCCUCUGACCCCACAGUAACUCCUGACCUCCACCUGCCUCCCAGGGCUCGCCCCUUGGACCAACCACCCCCUGAUCCCCUUGUCCUGGGCCCAGCCCCUGGCCAGAUCCCAGGUCCCCUGGGCCCGUGCCUGUCCCCGGCACCACCUGUAAGAGUCAUGGCUUGUGAGCCACCUGCCUUGGUGGAGCUGGUGGACGCUGUGAGGGCCGUGGGUGACCAGCUGCAGAGGCUGACCCAGGUCCUGGAACAAGACCGUCAGGAGCGCCGAGCCCUGGAGCUGGGGCUGGCCCAGUUGGCAGAGGCCGCCCAGGGGCUGGGGCACCUGGGGGAGGCUGUGAAGAGACUGGCAGAGGUGGCCUGGCCCCCCAGCACACCUGUGCCCACUACCACCACGCCAGAGGAGGAGGAGAGACCUCUGAGGGGAGAUGUGUGACCCUGUCCAGGAUUUGGGGAGCUUAAUGUACUCUCAAACCAAAGAAAGCCAAGCCUCUGAUGAAAAGCAA